AUGAUGUUGAGACAAUCUAUUUUAUUAUUAUUAAUAGUUGUGACACUAUUUUUAUCAGUAUCAAAUGCAAGACAUUCAGACAAUAUAAAUGACGCAUUGGGUAAACACCAUAAAAACAAAAAAGAUAAAUACGACGACCAUGAUGACAGAGAUGAUGUCAUCCAGAUAGAUGGAGAUGGACUCGAACCACUUUAUGUAAAGUUGUCAUUGACUGAAAACCCAGGAGAAAUGAUGGUUGGUUGGUUCACAUACAAUAUCAUGACUGCACCACAAGUUCAAUACAAGGGUGACACCAAAAUGGCCACUGUCAACGCUCACAAGAUCCAACAAUACAAAGAAAAGAAAUGGACUGGUUGGUCAUACUCGACCCUCUUGACUGGUCUCGAGCCAAACACUCAAUACAUUUACCAGGUGGGUGACGCUUCCAGCAAUGGAAAGUGGAGCAAUACAUUUAAUUUCACCACUCACGGUGCUCCAGGUACCAAAGUCACCCCAUUCUCUUUUAUUGCUUAUGGAGACAUGGGUGCUGGAGGAGCCGAUUUAAUUACCAUUGGAUAUGUUAUGGAAUACAUUGACCAAAUUUCAUUUGUACUUCAUGUUGGUGAUAUUGCUUAUGCUGAUCUUCAUAGUACUGAUAAUUUCUUAUUUGGAAACCAAACCGUUUGGAAUGAAUUUAUGGGUCAAAUUGAACCAAUUACUUCAUCAGUUCCAUAUAUGACCACCCCAGGUAACCAUGAUGUAUUCAUUGACACGUCAAUCUAUAGAAAGACAUUCCAUAUGCCAACCACCACCUACUCUAAGAGUACUUGGUAUGGAUUCGACUACAAUGGUGUACACUUUGUAUCCAUCUCAUCUGAGCAACUCUAUAUUCCAUUCAGUGACCAACACGAUUGGUUGGCCAACCAUCUUGCACAAUUCCGUCAAUCCAAUCCAAAUGGUUGGCUCAUUGUCUAUGCUCAUCGUCCAGUUUACUGUUCAGCCGAUUACACUUGGUGUAAAGAUGAUCCAAUCAGAUAUUUAUUCACAGAAAGUAUUGAAAAAUUAUUAUAUCAAUACAAUGUUGAUGUUUAUAUUUCUGGUCAUAGUCAUGUUUAUGAAAGAUCGUUACCAGUUUUUGACAAGACUAUCAAGGGUACCUAUGAGGAUCCAAAGGCAACAGUUCACAUUGUAGUCGGUACAGGAGGGGCACAAGAAGCAAUCCUCAGCAACUGGUUACCACAACCACACUGGUCGUCUGGUGUAAGAAUUUCGUCGGCUGGUUACGGCAUGCUCUCGGUCUUGGACAACAACCAACUCAAUUUCGAAUUCUAUGGUGAUUACAAUAAUACUGCCAUGGAUUCAUUUUUCAUGAAUAAGGGUACUUUUAAUUAA